GCCGUAUUGCAAGGACCUAUAUCUCACCAAGACAACACGUCGGAAUCAACACAUUUAUAGGGAAGGAAACGCUAGACAGACUGUAAAAAGGUAUCAGUCAUGGAGGUUACAGAAAAGGUGAUGCCCAAAAACGCCCAGCUGCUAUCUCUUGGCCACAAUGACACUUGUCGCCUCUUGGAGGUGUAUGUGAAGCGCAGCAUCAGUUUAAAUGAUGGGACAUGUGAGGACCAGAGGUCACCAACAACGCCUCAGAAGUGGGUGACACUGCCAGAGAAAUGCAUAAGAGUCCGUCGGCAUUCUAGUGACGCCUUGAUCACCUUGGAGCCCAGCACACCUGACGAGGGCAUUGCCAGUAGCACACCACCUAAUGAGGAAGUUGUUAUACCAAAUGUGUCUCUAGUAGAAAUCCCUGAGCCUGCUGACAUUCCUGACAUUGAGACAUCUACUGAACUGGAGAACAAGUCUAAAAAGGGCAAGAAGAAGAGCAAAAAUACCUCUUUCUGGAAAGGUUUUCUGGGUUUUUUCUCGACGAAGGGGAGUGACAAGAAAGACGAGCAGGAGUCUGGCACAGAGAAAGAUGGACAGUCACAAGGAACCUUGCAGAAAAAGAAAUCCAUAAGGCAAAGUAACUCCACGAGGAGACUAUCUCUGAGAAAAAUCAAGAUUGACAGCCACAGAGGGUCUGUGAAGAGACCAUUGGCUUUGGACAGGGCCAAGACCACUGACAUAACUGGAGUAGAAUCGGUUUUGAGUGUGGGGCCUACUGACUCGUACUAUGAGAAAGUUUCAGAAGAGCUGGAGAAGAUUGUGCAUGAGGUGAAAGAGACAGAGACGGCUCUUACAGAUGAGGACGUCAUCAAAAGGAUCAUUGUUCUCAUGAAGCAGCAAGGAGACCUCAUUGAUAGCAAGCUGAAGGAGAACCCCAGCUUGAGCUCAUUCUUCCAGAAGCUGUCCUAUAGCACCUUCCAGCAGUUAGCUGAUACGUACGUGGAGACAGAGACACCUACAAGCCAGAGCCGCCAUGCACCACACACUGCUGGAUCUGGGCCCGACAACGCCCCGGAGCUGGUCAAGCUUGCCUUCACUCUGGACUUCACAGCCAGGGUAGCCUGUCUCUCCAGGCAUUCCAAAGGCCACAUCAUGGGCCUGGGCCACCGCUACUUAGAAGACCGCUUCACUCAGACACAGGUAACAACACCAGAGACUCUGCUUUACAUGACCUGUAACCACAGUGCUGUCACCAAGUGA